AUGUUUAGUGACGAGCGAGCGAGGUGGAAAAUCACCUCCAGGCUAGAAAGAAAGCCGUUGUUGAUAUCGGUCAACUGCCUCGCUGGUCUUGCAAUCUUCUUCUUCGGCUAUGACCAAGGUAUGAUGGGUGGAGUCAAUGACUCCCAGGCGUACGUGCACCGGAUGGGAUUGGGAUACAAGGUAAAUGGGUCAAUCACUAUAACCAACACUUUGCUGCAGGGAGGCAUCGUUUCUGUCUACUACCUGGGAACAUUGAUUGGAUGCUUUGUGGGUGGUUAUGUCAGUGACCGAUUUGGUCGAAUUAAGUCCAUUGCUGUCGGUGCCGCCUGGGGGAUAAUUGGGGCCGCACUCCAGUGCACUGCAAUGAACCCAACGUGGAUGAUAGUGUCUCGUCUGAUAAACGGUAUCGGCACUGGUAUUCUCAACGCUACUGUUCCCGUAUAUGGCUCCGAGUUGGCCGACUACGAGAGUCGUGGCAUGUUCAUCGCCAUGGAGUUCACAUUGAACAUUGUCGGGGUCGUGGUCGCCUACUGGCUGGGCUAUGGACUGAGCUACAUCGAUAAUGGCACCUCCGAGAUCCAAUGGCGAUUCCCUAUUGCAUUCCAGAUUGUCAUGCUACUUCUGCUCUUGAUCGGAUGUUGGUUCUUCCCAGAAUCUCCUCGUUGGCUAUGCAUGAUGGGUUAUCGAGAGGAAGCCCUCUACAUCCUCAAGCGUCUUCGGAGAUCUGAGAACGACCAUGCAGCCUUACAAGAGAUGCGAGAGAUAGAGGCUAUCGUCGAGUUAGAGAAACACUCAGAGGGAAGAAUGACCUACUUCCACAUGUUGUUUGGUAUUGGUGACGGCGAGUUGCAUAUUGCAAGGCGUGUCCAGCUGGUAAUCUGGCUGCAAAUUCUGCAAAGCUGGACGGGCAUCGCCGGUGUUACUAUGUAUGCACCAAGUACGCUGCAUCUCCGUCUCUCUGAUGUAUAUCCAUCUUCUAAUGUCCUCCCAGCAAUCUUUAAAAUUGCCGGCUUCGAUUCCCAGAAGACAAUGUGGAUUUCCGGACUGAACAAUAUCUUCUAUGCUUUCGCAACCAUAAUUUGUGUCUUCACCAUCGAUCGCUUCGGUCGCCGCUGGACCCUUUGGUGGGGAGCUGCAGGUCAAGCAAUUGCCAUGUUCACUGCAGGAGGCCUCGCUCGUGGUGGGUUAGAUCACCCCAACGACCAGGGGCCAUGGGGUAUUGGGGCAACCGCCAUGGUCUAUCUCUAUACCUUUGUCUUCGGUGCUACCUGGCUCACUGUUCCGUGGUUGUAUCCUGCAGAGAUCUUCCCGCUCAAGGUGCGAGCCAAGGGCAGUGCUUGGGGGGUUGUUGGCUGGAGUUUGGGCAACGGCUCGCUGACGUUGGCCCUUCCCUACAUUUUUGGCUCGAUCGGUGAGAAUACGCUGCAUGUAUUUGGUGCGGUCAAUCUGAUCAGCAUCCCGGUCGUAUGGGCUCUCUACCCGGAGUCUAGCCGACGUACACUCGAGGAAAUCGAUUUGCUUUUUGCAGCCAAGUCUCCCUGGGCUUGGACCGCAGAGUCGAACUUUGCGACGCUCAUUGCUGAGAACCCUGAUCUCGGUGCCGCUCGGCAACGCAAUAGUGUUAUCGAGGUUGAGAAAGGACUGGACGCGGAUGCUGAGCAUUGCGAAACAGUUGCUAGACCGUAG